AUCAAUAAUGCACGUUUAGAAAAGUUUAUGUUCCACUCUUUCGGUCAUUUGUAGUUUUAAGUAAAUUUGACAAUAUAAUUAAACCGUAGAUAUCUGUAAAUAAUUUUCAUAUGGUGAGAAGAAGUUAAAAAACUUUAAAAGUGGUUUACAGUUUGCAAGGGGGAGAUAACUUCUCUUAGUGCGUUCCAAUAUUUAUUGGAUUGGACAGCCAAAACAGUUAAACACAUGUAUAAACUACGAAUUCCAAUAAGCAUUACUCUGAGUUUGUCAUUUUCAUAACAAAUAAAAAAGAAAACAUAUUAUUGAUGAAACAAACAAAGAAGGCUAUGGAAGAAGAGCCCAGUCUUGUGUCUAGAGUAUAUUUAGAUCUAUGUGAAGCAAGAGGAUGGUGGAAUGUAACAAUUCACAACAAGACAGACCAAGCAUUUAUAUCUGGACAUCCAAACAGACAUGAACCUAGACAACUUGUUUUACCCAUAUCCAGCCAUCAGAUGGUAUCUCCCAUGCAACUUCAGCAGUAUAUUCAUACAAUAAAAUUGGAAGAUUAUAAAACAGACGGCUUAACUUUGGCUAUUUGUGAACCAGAUACAACAACAGUGUAUUAUAAGAUAUCUGAUGGACUCGUUCAGCCAGAAUCACCAGAGAUUACAGAUGUUAAGAAAUGUGAACGUUAUCAAAUAUUCCAAAAAAGGAAAGCAGACUUAGAUAGAAGUGUACAGCUGUACACCAACAGAUUGAAAAGGAAACAAGAAGAAGGAUGACAAGUAUUACAGUCAGUACAGGGGGAACUACAGUACACCAAAAACUCAUUAUUGUAUCCACAAGAAAUUAAUAUUUGUUGAAUCUUGCCCAAUGAGCAUUCUGAAAUGAAAAAUUGACCUAGAUAUAUAGUGAGAAGAUAAAGUUUGAUAGUUUUAUCUUCAAACAAUAAUAAAGCAUGAUUUCUG